GCUGGUGGUUAUGUUGAAAGUGAAUGCUUUCUAAAUCCUCGGCUUCGGCGUUUGCGGCGUAUGCCGUGUUCUGUUCAGGCGUGUGUUUUACUGCUAACCACGUGCAAGAGUUAACGUCCGCACACAACCAUGGAAGAAAAAGUCAAAAAGAAGAAGUCCAAGGAGGGCAAAUUCAAGACUCUCGGCGAAAUCCACUCUAAAUGCGAGUUUAAACUGGAGUCUUCUGAUUUGAAACCGCCACCGAUCGAUUCCUCAGAAUGGCCUCUCCUUCUGAAGAAUUUUGAUCGCAUGAAUGUUCGCACGGCGCAUUUCACACCUCUUCCGUUCGGUGCGUCGCCUCUGAAACGAAGCAUUGAAGACUAUGUUAGGAGUGGCUACAUUAAUUUGGAUAAACCGAGUAACCCCAGUUCGCACGAGGUGGUCGCAUGGAUUAAGAGAAUCCUCAAAGUAGACAAAACUGGACAUUCCGGCACGCUCGAUCCCAAAGUAUCAGGAUGCUUGAUUGUGUGCGUUUCGCGAGCGACGCGUCUGGUCAAGUCGCAGCAGAGCGCUGGCAAGGAGUACGUUUGCAUUUUCAAGCUGCACAGCGCGCCUGGCAGCAAAACCAGCCUGGUGGCGCCGGGCAGCGAUGGCGAAAUCGGACUCGUGUCCCGCGGCCUCGAGCAGCUGCGAGGCGCCCUCUUCCAGAGACCACCACUGAUCUCCGCCGUGAAAAGACAGCUGCGCGUCCGUACCAUUUACGAAAGCAAACUGAUUGAGUACAGUCCAGAGAAGAAUCUGGGCAUCUUCUGGGUCAGCUGCGAGGCGGGAACGUACGUCCGAACGCUAUGCGUGCACUUGGGCCUUGUUCUCGGCGUCGGUGGACAAAUGGAGGAACUCAGGCGAGUUCGAUCAGGCAACCAGGGUGAAAAUCAGGGUUUGAGUACCAUGCACGACGUGCUUGACGCACAGUGGCUCUAUGAAAAUCACAAGGACGAAAGUUACUUGCGGAGGGUGAUCCAUCCUCUGGAGGGCCUGUUGGUUAAACACAAGCGAAUCGUCAUGAAGGACAGCGCUGUCAACGCAGUUUGCUACGGUGCCAAAAUUAUGCUUCCUGGUGUUUUGAGGUAUGACGACGGAAUCGAAAUGAACGAGGAGAUUGUCAUCAUCACCACUAAGGGCGAGGCCAUUUGUUUAGGUAUUGCCCUGAUGACUUCGAGUACAAUAAUGUCCUGCGACCACGGCUCGGUGGCCAAAAUCAAGAGGGUCAUCAUGGAGAGGGACACGUACCCUAGGAAAUGGGGUCUCGGACCCAAGGCCCUCAUGAAGAAGCAGUUGAUCAAGCAGGGCAUGCUUGACCAGUAUGGCAAGCCAAACGACAAAACUCCUGCCAAUUACCUCUCACAAAGCUACCAGGACAUAAGUGCACAAGCUGGCGCUGAAAAGAGACCGCGUGAAAGCUUAGGCAAUGGAAACGACGAAGAGAUAGCAGCUCCUAAAGAGAAGAAGAAAAAGAAAAAGUCCGUUGUGGAAGAUGCUGAAAGCACUGAAACGGCUCAAGUAGAAGGCGAAACUCCUAAGAAAAAGAAAAAGAAGAAGCAGGUAGAGGAGGAAGUUGAGCAAGCUACAGAAGCGACAGAGGAACCAACGUCAGAAAAAAAGAAAAAGAAGAAGAAAAAGGUGCAAGAGGAAGCAGAGUAAUUUUAUCAUGUAUGAGAAAUAAAUUUUUUGUAUAACACGCAA